AUGGCAAUGCCAGGGCUGGGUUAGGUCAUUGCCAGCCCCAAAGGGCAGAUGCUGAGUAGCACAAUAUUUCUGCCAUCUCCCGUCAGGUACACCACCAUCACCCCUGUGGAUGUCCUCAUGGGUGUCCCCAUGGGUGUCCCCAAGGAUGUAGAGUAGUAUGUGCCAGCAUCAUCCUAUAGCCUGUCCCACGGUUGGAGAUCCCCUCCAUUCCCUGAAGGGAUGAAUAGGGCAAAGAAUUGCCUGGGUGACCCACCCAUACCUGUUGUCCUGCCCCCACUGCAUAGGUCUCUCUGUCCCCUUGUCAGCCAGGCUCAGCAUGGAGCUGGCAUUGCCCUGCAGCCUUGCUCCAUCCCUGGAUGUAGGUCUGGUCAUGUGCCAUCCACAGCCUGGUCUCUCCUGGGCGUGGGUGCUGGUUUUGCUCUGCUCGCUGUCCCCUCCUGCAGGGCAGUGGGGAGCCCCCUGGUCAUGGACCCCAACAGCAUCUGCCGCAAGACGAAGCGGCUGGCGGGGAAGCAGGCAGAGCUGUGCCAGCUGGAGCCAGAGAUUGUGCAGGAGGUGGCCAAGGGCACCAAGCUGGGAGUCCGGGAGUGCCAGUACCAAUUCCGCUUCCGUCGCUGGAACUGCACCAGCCACAGCAAGUACUUCGGCAAGAUCCUGCAGCAGGAUAUCCGUGAAACAGCCUUCGUGUAUGCCAUCACGGCGGCUGGAGUGAGCCACGCCAUCACGCAGGCCUGCAGCAUGGGUGAGCUGCUGCAGUGUGGCUGUGAGCUGACACGGAGCCGCGCCCCGCCCUCGCCCACAGCGGGACCAGGCACAGAGGGCACUGCCUGGGAGUGGGGGGGCUGCGGGGACGAUGUGCAGUUUGGCUAUGAGAAAUCCCAGCAGUUCAUGGAUGCCAAGAACAAGAAAGGCAAAAAUGACAUCCGAGCUCUUAUCGACCUGCACAACAACGAAGCCGGGCGUUUGGCGGUGCGCAGCUACAUGAGGACUGAGUGCAAAUGCCAUGGGCUGUCGGGCUCCUGCACCCUGCGGACCUGCUGGAGGAAGAUGCCCCAUUUCCGCGAGGUGGGGGAUCGCCUGCUCGAGCGCUUCAACGGGGCUUUCAAGGUGAUGGGAGGCAACGACGGGAAAACUCUCAUCCCCGUGGGUGACAACAUCAAGCCACCCGACAAACAGGACCUCAUCUACUCGGCCGACUCACCUGAUUUCUGCUCGGCUAAUCGUAAGACAGGCUCGCUGGGUACCAGGGGCCGUGUCUGCAACAGCACAGCCAUGGACACGAGUGGGUGUGACCUGCUGUGCUGCGGGAGAGGGCACCGGGACGAGACGGUGGUGUUGGAGGAGAACUGCCUUUGCCGCUUCCACUGGUGCUGCGUGGUGCAGUGCCGCAAGUGCUCCGUCCGCCAGGAGCUCAGCCUCUGCAUCUGACAGCCUGGGGUCAGGCGAGGACAAUUUGGGAGGCCAUCUCCAGGCUCACAAGGCUCCCCUGGGACAGAGACAGGUGAAGCCAGUGGCAGGGUCAGCGUGGGUGAGCGCGGCUCUGUGCUCUGGGGAGCCUGGCUUUCCCAGAGGGCAGCAUGGGGCUGCCCGGCAUCCCCAUGGCCCCGUGGUGGGAGCUGUGGGCACAGAGUUUCCACUAAUAAAGCUAUUUAA